AUGACAAUUCACACUUUGUUAUUAGAAUAUUUUAGUGCUUACAAUGAACAUGAUAUUAAUAAAAUAGUUAGUUUUCUUCAUCCUGAUUGUCGUGUUAUAUUUAAUGGUGAAGUGAUUAUGGCAGGUGUAGCAGCAAUGCGACCCUAUUAUGAACACGACUUUCUAAAUUCUCAAGCAAAUGCAACUAUUUUAGAAUGUAAUGAAGAUGCAAACAAUAAAAAUGGUAUUCACGUGGUAUUAAAAACACAUGAUAAUCGACUUGUUGAUGUCACAUAUAUAUUUGAAUUGAAAAAAGAUGACGAUGAAUUCCACAAUCAAAAAAUGAUUGAACAUAUUAUUCAUUCAGUUAAACAUCAGCAAGACUCACAGUAG